AUGCUGGAGGCUGGAAAGAUACCGGAGCUUGGGAAAGUGCUGGAGUAUGGGGUGGUGAUGGAGCCCAUAAGGAUGCUGGAGCCCAAGAAGAUGCUGGGACUUGGGAAGGUGCUGAAGCCUGGGACGAUGCUGGAGCUUGGGGUGAUGCUGGAGUCCAGGAGGAUGCUGGAUCCUAGGAAGGUGCUGGAGCCUGGGAAGGUGCUGAACCCCAGGAUGAUGCUGGCGCUUGGGAUGAUGCUGAAUCCUGGGAUGAUGCUGGAGUCUGGGAAGGUACUAGAACUUGGGAUGAUGCUGGAGCUUGGGAUGAUGCUGCAGCCCAGGAAGAUGCUGGAGCCUGGGAAGGUACCGGAGUUUGGGAUGAUGCUGGAGCCCAGGAUAGUGCUGGAUGCUGGGAUGAUGCUGGAGCCCGGGAGGAUGCUGGAGCCUGGGAAGCAGGGGAUGGAGGAGGUGGAGCAGAUCCACGGAGAUGUGCCCCGAGCUGGUGCCGGGGCCAAGGUGGCCGUGAUGGCCGAGGGCGAAGAACUCAUCCUGGUGCUGGAGAAGAACCAGCUGCUGGCACCAGGCUACACCGAGACGCACUAUGGGGCAGACGGGCAGCCCGUGACAGUGACCCCCAACCACACGGACCACUGUUACUACCACGGGCAUGUCCAAGGCUAUGGUGGCUCCUGGGUUGUCCUCAGCACCUGCUCGGGAAUUCGGGGCUUGAUAGUGCUGAGCAGCAACAGCAGCUACUACCUGAAGCCCCUGGGGACCCCCGAAGUGGGCCAUCACGUCAUCCACCGAGCAGAGCACUUGCCCAUCCGAGGUGGGACCUGUGGCCACGGCGAUGAUUUUGAGAGCACCGUCGCCGACAUCGCUCGGCUCUUCCAGCCCAUGCACCAGCGGGAGAAAAGAGAUGCCUGGAGGACCAUGAAGUACAUGGAGCUCUUCAUCGUUGCCGAUCACACCCUGUACAGGAACCAGAACCUCAACCUGGGCCACACCAAGCAGCGCAUCGUGGAGAUCGCCAACUACGUGGACAAGUUUUACAGGUCGCUGAAUAUCAAGGUGGCCCUGAUUGGCCUGGAGGUGUGGACGGAGCGGGACCAGUGUGCCGUCACCAGCGAUGCCAACGCCACACUCUGGGCUUUCCUGCAGUGGAAGAAAACUCUGAGGUCCCGCAAGAAGCACGACAAUGCCCAGCUACUGACAGGGAAGACGUUCAGGGGGACAACGAUCGGCAUGGCCCCGCUGGAGGGGAUGUGCAGCGCCGAUAACUCCGGAGGUGUCAGUGUGGACCACUCGGAGCAGCCCAUCGGAACAGCCGCCACAAUAGCUCACGAAAGCCGCCAAAUGGCCCACGAAAUCGGCCACAAUUUCGGCAUGAGCCACGACAGUACGGGAUGCUGCGUGGAGGCCACUCCGGAGCAGGGAGGCUGUGUCAUGGCAGCGGCCACCGGACACCCCUUCCCUCGCGUCUUCAGCUCCUGCAGCAAGAGGCAGCUGGAGAACUACUUCCAGAAGGGAGGUGGCAUGUGUCUCUUCAACCUGCCCGACACCAAGGACCUGGUGGUGGGACGCAAAUGUGGCAACGGCUUUCUGGAGGAAGGAGAAGACUGUGACUGUGGGGAGGUGGAGGAGUGCACCAACCCGUGCUGCAAUGCUCACAACUGCACGCUCAAGGCGGGGGCCCAGUGUGCCCAUGGUGACUGCUGCCAGAACUGCAAGCUAAAGGUGGCUGGGACAAUCUGCAGGGAAGCAGCGGGAUCCUGCGACCUCCCCGAAUACUGCACG